UGGUGCAAACAUUGUCCAAAAUUAACAAGCUUGUUGAUUUUCGAAGAUUGUUAUUCGAAAGUUUUGCAUUUCACUACACUCGACAGCCAUGGACUCACCAACCGUCUAUCCUUCUACACCGCACGAAUUCACUUAUUUAGAACCAGAUUCCAUCGCUCUUCCUUUGGGUAAAGAGUACAAACUAAAAAUGGUCAAUAUGAAUGGAAUUGAUAUCGCUGCCYUUAGCGUCGACGGUGAAGAUUUGUUGUGUUUUCCACAAGUCUACGAAUAUUUCCUCAAAGAUUUAGUUUCAGGUAUGCACACAGUCUACACGAAACUCAAACGCAUGAACAUCCAGGGCAGAAACUGUAAUGUUGAGCAAGUUAGAAUGAUGAGAAGUGUUGGUGCUAUAGGACAAGUUGUCAACCGAUGCAAAUUAAUAUCCCGGGAAGAUUUCAAUAAAAUCUAUGAAGACUGUCUCCUUUACAGAGGUCCUGGCAGACGAAGAAAAAACCCCGAAAUCCCUCCUGAACUACUCAACAAUCCAUUCAAAAUCUUCAAAGCUGAUACGUCCGCUGACCAGCAGUCAUCACCCAGUCACGUGAGCAUUGAAGGUGCGAAAUGCGCAAGCGAUGCUGAAGACAAUGGCGAAGUGAAAGAAGAGCAACACGAGCAACGUGACAACAACAACAACAAUAACGGCGAAGUUGUGACGGCAUUUAAAGUACCUAUUUCGCAACGGGCUGUGCCUACCAUGCCUCAUCCUCGAUUCGUUACUUCCCCUAAUGGUUCAUUCACCUUCUCGGCCCGCACCUCCUCGUCCUUAUCAUCACUACCAACUAUGGUGAAUAUCCGUAGCAAUAUUCCACAACAGCCAUCCAGCAGRCCAGCUAUUUCUACUAUAAUACAUCCGACACCAAGUCCUAUACGAACCAUCGCUACAGAGGGAGGCUUACCUGAGCAGUCUGUACCCCAUGUCAGCAGUACGGGCACGUUUGAGCAUGCGGAGAACAGAGGGGYUGCUUUAAGUGACGGGAUUUCAGAUGUUUCAGCGUCAUCACCGCGAAUACUGCAUCAAAAAGAGAUUGAAUACUCACGUGAACCUGGCUCCGUGGAAACUUUGCUGCAAAACAUUCAAGGGUUGUUGAAAGUGACGGCGGAGACGGCGCGACAACAACAACGACAAGCAAAGCAGGAAAUAGAUGAGCUGAGAAGAGUUCUACAAAGAGAAAGAGAAGCGAGAGAUAAAGCAGAGAAGUUGAUCUCUAGUCUACAACGAAGUAAAGAUUCUUUGAUUAAAGAACUGGAUAAAGAACGAACGGCCAAAGGAGAAGCGGAACGAAAACURCAAGCUCGGGGGGAAAUUCAGAAUUUUAUGCAAAACUUCCUGGAAAAUCCAAGGCUGAUACAAAGUCAACAGAAACAGAUUGAAACAGAGGAACAAACAGAAAUCAAAGAAGAACACGUCGCUGCAAAUUAACUAGAUUAGGUUAACUAAUCCCAAAUAGUUUGUUGAUGUGUGGACUGAUGAAAGUACUAUUAGGAAUGACCAAUUUGCCUCUAAGAAGUUCAAAGUUCAGAGGAAGAUUGGUAACGUCUUGUGUUGCAAAGGACUGUGGGGUCCGUCGACUUGCAUUCCAAUAUUCAGUCCCACAAUCCUUAGCCCCACGAGUUCGUUACCAAUCUACCUCUGAACUCCGAAAGGGCGAACCACAAUUKAUAAUCCAUGACGCCAACUUUCACAGGAAAUUUYYUUAUGAUUCCCAUUCUGGCAAAUUUUUGGGUAAUUUCUGGGACUUUUAUGGGAAAUUCACAUAAAUUCUCAUGAUUGGAAAAAUGCAACAAAAUCCAAGGUUGGGAAAAAAUUGUAUUCCUUUCUGAAAUUCCCAAGAUUUUUCCAAAUUUGGGUUGUGAUUUCCCAAUAAUUUCCCAAAGUUCCCAUUUGGGAAAUUGAAAAARUKUCCUGUGUUUUGCACGUUGUGUUUUAAUGAGCCAAUCAGAAGCGAGAAAAAUGGUAACAAUAUUUAGCUAUGGAUCAGUCGCUUCCUCAUUGGUCCGCAUCGUUCACUGUUCCGGUUACAGUAAAACGUAAACUUCUUCCUGUUCCAAGGCUGCACUCAUUCAUUUAGAUAGCGUGGAAUUGGUUAAGAUUUCAGAUUAGAAAAAACUCGGAGAUGUUGGAAUGAAAAAAGAAAAAAAAA